CAGGGGUAACUAUGUUCCGGUGGUAUCAGACGAAGCUGGCCAAGCAGCCGAUUCUCACGGCCAGUGUCACCAGUGCUGUUCUGUUUGGAAGCGGUGAUGUGUUAGCCCAGCAGGCCGUUGACCGGAGAGGCUUCGAUAAGCAUGACAUGGCGCGAACUGGUCGCAUGGCGCUCUAUGGAGGAGCUAUCUUCGGUCCAGCUGCUACCACGUGGUACGGAAUUCUCCAGCGCCAUGUCGUUCUCAAGGGAACCAGAAGUACCCUGAUCGCUCGAGUCGCUGCCGACCAGGGUGUCUUCACUCCCAUAAACCUCUUCUGUUUCCUUUCGUCCAUGGCCAUCAUGGAAGGCUCCAGCCCGAUAGAAAAGCUGCGGACGAGCUUCGUUCCUAGCUACAAGGCCAACCUCAUGAUCUGGCCGGCAGUGCAGGGAGUGAACUUUGCCAUCGUGCCCUUGGAAUACCGUGUGUUGGUGGUCAACUUGGUCAGCUUGGGAUGGAACUGCAUUCUAAGCAUGAUCAACAGCGGGGAGAAAUGAGUCGGUUCGCUUUGAUAGAUACCCGGACACCUGAUUUCUAUCUCCUUUCGGUUCGCUCGGGUCAAUAGACGGCUUUCAAAAUUCUUCAAGUGCUUUCAUCUAUAGAUUACAUACAUAGCACGUUAUCUCUGGGCUUUUGUGGUUGGGACUACCUUAUUUGCUUGUUGGGUUACAUUAUUUCGAGG